AUGAUGCCGACCAUUUCGUCAAGCACAUUUUGUAGCCACCGCGUAAGAGAGAUAGGAUCCGUCUGCGCGUAAAAAAGCCCGCACGUACAGCAGGUAGAUAUCAAACAGACAAGCGGAGAGGUUAUCAGGAACGGAAACAGCGCCACUCAUCAGCGGACUUAGGCUGAAAUCUUCAAGACAAGUUCGUUUGGUAUAAAAAUUCCAGAUCGUCCUUUAUUGAAAACGCACACAGGAUGGAGCCUGCUGAGUCAGAGAUGAACAUAUUAUCCAAUGGGAAACCCCAUGAUCUUGGAGAUGACAUGAGUGCGCCAAUGAAGACGUUAGCAGAAGAUCAAAAUGGCACUAAAACUCUCAGAUUUGAUGACCCCGAAGGAGCACUUGAGAGUGAGCAGUUCUUACCCAGACCAGAUGGAAAGAAGCCCACACGGUUCACAGAUUUUGAAGGAAAGACCUCCUUUGGUAUGUCAGUCUUCAAUCUUGGCAAUGCAAUAAUGGGCAGUGGCAUCCUGGGAUUGGCUUAUGCCAUGGCUAACACUGGCAUACUACUGUUCCUGUUUCUACUGACCGCAGUUGCAGCCUUAUCAUCCUACUCCAUUCAUCUGCUGCUCAAAUGUUCUGGCAUUGUGGGAAUUCGUUCUUAUGAACAGCUGGGCUACAGGGCCUUUGGUACUCCUGGAAAAAUGGCUGCUGGUAUCGCAAUCACCCUGCAGAACAUUGGAGCUAUGUCCAGCUACCUGUACAUCGUUAAAUCAGAGCUGCCGCUGGUCAUCCAAGCUUUUCUGAAGGCGGACCCCAACUCUGAUCUGUGGUACUUGAAUGGAAACUACCUGGUCAUCAUGGUCUCUGCCAGUAUCAUCCUGCCCCUAGCUCUGAUGAAACAGCUUGGUUACCUUGGCUACACCAGUGGCUUUUCUCUCAGCUGCAUGGUGUUCUUUCUGUCUGCUAUUACCUAUAAGAAGUUUCAGAUCCCUUGCCCGUUUGAAGAGUUCACAGCCAACACCACCCAUGCACACCUCGGCCUGAAUGAUUCCAGCCUCAUCCACGACUACAGCAACAAUUUGCCUCAUGAAGACAAUGACUUGCACUGCACCCCACGCAUGUUCACCAUCAACUCACAGACUGCGUACACAAUCCCCAUUCUGGCUUUCGCCUUUGUUUGCCACCCUGAAGUCCUGCCAAUCUACACUGAGCUACGCAAUCCAUCAAAGAAGAAGAUGCAAAAGGUUUCCAACGUCUCCAUUCUUGUCAUGUACAGCAUGUACUUUCUGGCUGCUCUCUUUGGCUACCUGACUUUUUAUGGUAAUGUGGAGCCCGAGCUGCUUCAUACUUACAACCGCAUUGACCCUUAUGACAUUUUAAUCCUGUGUGUCCGAGUGGCCGUCCUCACCGCUGUGACGCUGACAGUGCCAAUUGUGUUGUUUCCGGUACGCAGAGCCAUCCAGGAGAUGGUAUUUCCCAGCAAGUCUUUCAACUGGUUACGUCACAUCGGCAUUGCCUUCAUUCUGCUCACCCUCAUCAACAUGUUGGUGAUAUUUGCUCCUAACAUCCUGGGCAUCUUUGGCAUCAUUGGUGCCACAUCAGCUCCUUGCCUCAUUUUCAUUUUCCCCGCUGUCUUCUACAUCCGUAUCGUUCCCAGAGAGAAUGAACCCAUGACCUCCACUUCGAAAAUACUGGCUGUUUGUUUUGCUGCUCUGGGCGUCUCCUUCAUGGUGAUGAGUCUGAGCUUCAUUUUAAUUGACUGGACGUCAGGGAACAGCCUGGCUGCAGGAGGUCACUAACAGCUGCUUCAGUGCGUAUUUAUGUGUGUGAUGUUUGGAAAAAGGAUGUUCGUUAUGUUCGGUGGAAAGGGAGCGCUAUCACUUCAGUCGAAGACAGUAUUCGGCUGCCCAGCAUGGGGUCUGGGUUUGCCACAAUACAAAAUACACACUAUAAUAACUAUUAUGUGGAAGGAAUUGAUAACUUUAUUAUAUCUUAGCAAAUACUCUCUUUGCUGCAUUUUAUAAUUUAUUGUUUAUUUUACGGAGAAUUUCUAAUACAGUUUAUCAUAAUUACACAACAAAAUCCACCUGAGGUGGUAAAAUGGUCCUCUCCUGCUGCUAAGGCUUUACUUACAUGCUAACAGCUGCAGCUGGUUCUGUGCAGAUAACUAAAAAUAGAAAGGUGCUUUAAUUCUUCUCAAUGAGACACACAAAUACAUGCAGUCAGGUGAUCUCACUCAGAACCAGAAUCAGCCUGCUCAACUGCUCAUCAUUAUGGAGUCUAUGAAGAGCUUUAAGACUUUUGAAGUGAAGUGAUAUUUUUACUGUAAGCUGUAACGCUUUGCUCCAUAUGCAUUAAAACCGCUGUGCCUUUUAUCAUUUGAAAUGGCACACAAACAUUUAAUAGUGUAUAUUUAUUUAGUUUACAGAUAUGUCCUUUCCAGAUUUCAAAUGGUCUGUAUUUAACUGCUGUGUAUGAUUACAUACAGAAAAUCAACCCAUUGUACUUGAAUUUUUUAUUUUAUGGUGGUACAGACUGACAAUGCUUCAAUAAUGAUUUAGGAAUUUGAUACUUCCUCCUAUUAAAUCUCUAGCCCAAACAAACUGUGAUUUUCACUAUAAACUUACUGAACCCUAGUAGUUGACUAGCUUGUGUUAGCAAUCUUUCUAUUCCUCGAUUAUGGGCAUACCUGGUAAAGAGGUGUAAGAAGCCGUACAAAUGAUAUAUCAUAAAAUUAUAAUCAUGGGGUGCGUGCAUGCAUCCGCUUGAUUGGCUUGUUUUUUGCUUUUUCCCAUUUUGAAUUGGCCAAACUGACAUCUACGUCAUAUGUAUACCCCAGGGAAAAAGGAAGUCACUGAUUACUAAUUAAACGUUCCUUAAAACUCUGUUCAAGAUUACAAGUAAAAAAUGCUUAAUUUGCAUUAUUUUAUAGGGAUUGUUUGUGGUAAGCCUUUUAUUUACCAGGGUUGGGGUCACAGUAAAUGUGUAGGUUACUAUAUAUUAUGAGACAAGUGCCAAUGAUGUCUGAUCACUAACAUACAGUAAACCCAAAUUCACUAGUGGAAAAGUCAUUUUUCUGAAAAUGUUUAACUGGUCGUUUGACUCGGAACUCCUCAAAAUUUCUGUAUUAUCUGCUAUCUAAACUACUUCAGAGCAUUGUACACAUCUUUAAGUAAUCGAACCUAACCUUUCUGCAUGUUCAUAAACCACAAGGUAAAAUUUCUAAUUUAAAUAGUGCGUGGCCUAUUUAAAUACACUGCUGCAGAGUUUUCAUGGUACUGGUUUAUAAUGCAUUUAAAAGUCUUGGUUAAUGCUUAGAUCUGAAUUGACUCCCUUGCAUGAUGUUAUUGUUCUCAGCAGUGAAGUACAAAGUAACUUAUUGUACUUUCAUUGUAAUGAUGUACAUUUAGCAACUUUUACUGAAGAGUUUUUAAGUUUCAGUCUGUGCUGUUGUAUAAUGAAGACUAUAGAAAAAUGUAUUACUGUUAUGAUAAUGUAGAUUUACGUAUUUGACCAAAUGCCUCCACAAACUGUUAUUCAGAGAAAUUCUGAACCCACAAGUGUUACAAUGCUAAACUUCAAGUUUUACAAUUUACAGGAAAGUCUUUAUAGGAACACAGACCAUAAACAGGUUACUCCCAUAAUAAAACACAGUUUUAUCCUGCAUGCAAGUCAAAAAACACAACUUCUUGGUUCCCAAAGAGUUUUUUCUCCUUCACAUGUCAAUGUUUUUAGGGAAAAUGAGUUGGAUUAUAAAUCUUCAACUUCAUAAAAGUAAGAUACAAAUCAUCUAUUCUCUCUGCAUAAAUAUAGCAGGUCUGACUUUUAAUUAUUAUUAUUUUUAAAUAACAUUGGCAUAAAAAGGAAUUACCUGAAUUUACCUCUAAAAAUACACCAAACCAUUUAAGUUUAAUUCAAUUUAGGUAUAAUAAUUGAAGUAGUGGAUAUAUAUAUAUAAACAUAACACGUUUCCUCCCUGUUUUUUCCUUCACUGUAGAUGUUGCGAUGUAAUUGGCCUUUAGCAUUGUCCUGUUUUAUUUAACAUUUUCUUGUUCACUGUAAAUUGUGAUGCCAAAAAUAACAACACACUACCUACUGCUUUGAAAUGCCUCUAAAUUGGUCCCAGAGUUUCAACACUAGUCAUUAUUAUGGUGAAAAUGCUUGUAUUGUACGUGAACAAUUCUGUGUGAGAUGUUAUGCUUCAGCAUGUUAAACAAAUAAACAAGGCAGAACUUUAUAUAAAUAAUGUAUAUAAAUGUAAAAAUUUUAUAUUUGUGAUGCUUAUUUACAGUGGCAUAUAAAGUGUAAAUAGCUGGGACAGUUUUAGUUUGGAAAUAAAAUAAUUGUAAAUGUU